CAUUGUCUUACUAGAAAAUAACGACAGAUACAAAGAAGGGAGACGGUCUGGGAUAACAGACAGAGAAAAGCAUCAGAAAAGAGCAUUUUAUAUAGUCAAGAGCGAAAUGACACUUGCAGUUACUGCAGUAUGCAUGGUCAGCGUGUUUUUUGCGGUUGGAGUUGUUUGUCUGCCACUGUCAGACUCGGGGCCUCAUAUAGCCAACGGAUGGGGACAGACGGUCCGGCUCAGACAUCUGUAUGCGGCCAAACACGGAUUGCAUUUGCUAAUCAACGAGAAUGGCAAGGUGCACGGAUCUCCUGAGCAGAGCUCUUACAGUUUGGUGGAAAUCCGACCUGUAGACACGGGCUGUGUCGCAAUCAAAGGAGUAGCAGCCUCGCAGUAUCUCUGCAUGGAAGGGAAUGGAAGACUGUACGCAUCGAAAACCUAUAUGAAAGAUGACUGCUCCUUCAAGGAAAACAUCCUCCCAGACGGCUACAAUAUUUAUGUCUCUGACAAGCAUGGGACCCUGGUGAGCCUGGGUGGCAGCAGGCAGAGGCUCCAGGGGCGAGACAGAGGCAUUCCUGCACUGUCCCAGUUUCUACCAAGGGUGAGCACCCUGCCCCUGGAUAUAACAACAGAUUUGGGGUUGUCAACCCACCCUGAGCAAGGCCCUCAGUCAGGCCUGGACAUAGACACUAUGGAUGCCUUUGGGAAACUUUCCCAGAUCUCAAUCCAAAGCCCCAGUUUCAAUAAGAGAUGAGCAACUGAUGGUGCAAUCUAUACUAAGAAGCUUCUACAUCUACAAGGUGUCUCCAAUCUCAUAAUUCAUUUUUGGCACAUGACAUUAUACACCACUCCAAACAUACAGGCCCAAGAAGAACCGGAUUGAAAUCAAUUGUAGUAUUUAUUUCAUUAUAAUUUUUUAAAACUUUACUUUUAUCCAUAUUAUUUAAUGAAAAUACUUGAUUCAUGUAUUUUGAAAAACAAAUAUGGGGCUCUGUAUGCACUUUGUCUACAUUUUUGUAGAUGCAGUCGAAGUCGGAAGUUUACAUACACUUAUGUUGGAGUCAUUAAAACUCGUUUUUCAACCACUCCACAAAUUUCUUGUUAACAAACUAUAGUUUUGGCAAGUCAGUUAGGACAUUUACUUUGUGCAUGACACAAGUCAUUUUUCCAACAAUUGUUUACAGAAAGAUUAUUUCACUGUAUCACAAUUAGUGGGUCAGAAGUUUACAUACACUAAGUUGACUGUGUCUUUAAACAGUUUGGAAAAUUCCAGAAAAUUAUGUCAUGGCUUUAGAAGCUUCUGAUAGGCUAAUUUACAUAAUUUCAGCCAAUUGGAGGUGUAUCUGUGGAUUUAUUUCAAUGCCUACCUUCAAACUCAGUGCCUCUUUUGCUUGACAUCAUGGGAAAAUCAAAAUAAAUCAGCCAAGACCUCAGAAAAAAAAUUGUAGACCUCCACAAGUCUGGUUCAUCGUUGGGAGAUAUUUCCAAACGCCUGAAGGUACCACGUUCAUUUGUACAAACAAUAGUAUGCAAGUAUAAACACCAUGGGACCACGUAGCCGUCUAGCCGUCACACUGCUCAGGAAGGAGACGUGUUCUAUCUCCUAGAGAUGAACGUACUUUGGUGCGAAAAGUGCAAAUCAAUCCCAGAACAACAGCAAAGGACCUUGUGAAGAUGCUGGAGGAAACAGGUACAAAAGUAUCUAUAUCCACAGUAAAUGACAUAACCUGAAAGGCCGCUCAGCAAGGAAGAAGCCACUUCUCCAAAACCGCCAUAGAAAAAGCCAGACUACGGUUUGCAACUACACAUGGGGACAAAGAUCGUACUUUUUGGAGAAAUGUCCUCUGGUCUGAUGAAACAAAAAUAGAACUGUUUGGCCAUAAUGACUAUAGUUAUGUUUGGAGGAAAAAGGGGGAAGUUUGCAAGCCGAAGAACACCAUCCCAACCAUGAAGCACGGGGGUGGCAGCAUCAUGUUGUGGGGGUGCUUUGCUGCAGGAGGGACUGGUGCACUUCACAAAAUAGAUGG